GUUUUGCAGCACUUCAACGCCUGGUGUUGUAAUUUUUCUUGUCGCAAGGUGAAAACGAUUUAAACGGUUUUCGGUAGUGAAAAGUGCAUCAAAUUGCACGAAUUGUACACCAAAGUGUAGAUGAAAGUGGCGUUUAUUCGAUUUCGAUACGGCAGUAGACAAAAAACGGCUCACAGUGCAUGAAAAACGUGCUUGAAAAUUUUACUUUGUGUGUAGCCACACGCACUCCAACACACACAAACGCACACACACACAGCAGAGGGAGAUAAACGCAGCGAUGGCCUCGCAGUCGUACUCGCACAUAUAAAAAGCUCGCUUGUAUAUUGUAAGAAGGAGCGCACAAAGCGGAAGACGAGAGGAAAGAUUUCUGUGUCAUUGAACGAGAAAAAGAAGAAGAGAAGAGAGUCAGGAGCUCCUGGUCCUCCUGUUCCUCCUCCAUAUCCACCGCCUCUCCAUCUUCAAGCGGCCGCAGGUGCACCACGCUCUUUCCAUUUCCAAGGAUACGCUCUCAGCCGCUCGCUCUCUCUCCUUGAUCGAUACUGCUCACCCGUGUCGAAUCAGAGGAUUGAGCAAGAUGGACGCCAAGCCAAGGAGAUACGUGGUUUUAUGACUCUAAAGGGCAGCCAAGCCAGUCAUCCGUCGCACUAAAAAGCUAGAAGCCAGGCUCCCAGAGCGAAGGAGCAGCCAGUGAGCAGGAGUAGGCAGGAGCCACACAUAGAACAAUCUUAAAUUGUCAUCAUGGUCGACAACAGUGUCCAAUGCCCCGUGUGCACAUUGUACCUGCAUGCGGGAAUGAAUCUCUCCGAUCACUUGGAGACCCAUCCCAAGGAGCAGGUGAUCAAGGCACUGGUGCAGAUGACGAUCGUUGGAAACUGUGGCAACAGUAUGGGCAGUGUUCUCGCUGCUGCCAUGUUGACAGGAGGAACUGGAGGUGGAUCCAGCGGAGGCGAAGCCAGUGCUGAUGAGAAACCGGCCGUCUUAUCACCACCUUCUGGCGGCGAUGUUAAACCAGUCGUGGUCAAUACCAUAUCAGCUGCAACAGCGCCUGUGCCGCCACCAGCACCACCGCCACUAUCCUCCUCCCUCGUGGCGGCCUGCUCCAACGUAGCCACCUCUUCCACAACCAGCUCCACACCCACCUCCAACUCCGCAAGCAACAGCAGCAGCAGCAAACCGAGCAAUCCACCGAUAAAAGCACUGAAAUGCGCACCGCCCACGACUGAGGUGCGAGCCAGCUCAUCCGCUCAUCCCACCACGAGUAGCGUGUCCACUUUGUACCAGCCGCAGGUCACUCCGGAUUAUCGCUUCAACCAGCAGCAGCCGUCACAGACGACGGGCUUUGGGCGUGGUGUCACCGCCUCAACAGCCGCGCUGGUAAUUCCGCAGGUGCCUCAGCAGCACUUCCUCGCGAGCCAUCAACAGCAGGCUCACUUUUCACAUCAGCAGCCCCCGCAGCAACAGAAUCAGCAGCAGCAGCAUCAGCCUGCUCUGAAGUUCAGCUACGCCACAGCUUUGCCCCCACCUCCGCCGUUGCAGCUAUUUACGCAGCAACAGCAGACGGUUACUCCACCGCAGACCCAGCAGCAAUCGCACCAGAAACCACCUCCCGCCUAUGGAGCCGCCAUUAGUCAAAUUCGAUCUCAGCACAACCAAAACAAACAGCAGCCACAGUCCCAAAGCGUGGCCAUGCAACACAACCUAGCCCUGGCACCACCGACGACAGCAGCGGCCUCAACUUCACAUGCAACUGCAGCUGUCAAGCAGCCGAGUAAGCCGCAAACGGAAGUAUUCCUGAAUCCGCCACCACCGCCGCCGGCACAGCAACAGGUGCAGAUCCACAAUUUAGUGCAAAAUCAGGGUCAACACCAUCAGCUUCCUCAGUCGCAGCAGCCGAGCCAACAGAGUCACCAACAGCUACCGAACUUGCCGACCUACGGCUUAGGGGCCAGCAGUAGCUGCAGUUCCUCCAACAACCCCUCGACCUCGGGAUCUGGUCUACGUUCGAAUCGUCAGACAAACUCUCCGUUUGGAGCACUGCUUAAUGCUGCAGCGGCAGUGGCCUGUGCAUCGCCAGCCUGUUCCACCACCUCAUCUUCGGUAUUGCGGUAUGCGGAAUCACCGGUGGCACACUACCUUGAGCGAGACAAUGGUGACUUCAUUGUCCAGGAGACGCCGAAGCAUAUAGUUGAAUGUGUGGAAAAAGAAGACGGCGAGUUCUCCGUGAUCGAGCGCAUUUAUCAAUCCCCGCCGAGUGUUCUGCACAUACACGAUGAUGAUGAGGAUGACGAGGAUGAAGAGGAGGAAGACGAGCAUGAAGCGCCACCCGAGGAAGAAGACGGGGACGAUGAGCGGGAGGAAAACAGUCACAGCCUUAAUAUGAGCAAGACAACGAAAAAGGCCCGUAAGACAAAGCCGAAGCGAGGCUCCAAACGCACGUCGGACGAGGAGGAGUUCAUGAGCCUUAGCAGCGGAUGUGAGAGUGAGAUGGAAAAAGAGCGUAAGCAGGAGCAGCCAAAUGCCGCGGCAUCACUACCACCUCCAUUGUGCACGGCUCCUUCUACGAGUGCUGCUGGAGCUUCUACCUCCAAUCUGGCGGACAAUCAUUCCAAUUCCGCGUCCAACUCCGCCUCCAAUUCUAACUCCACCGCCACUACAAAGUCCAAAAAGAAUCGAAUUACUGUACUGAGCGAUGUUCCGCUUAAUAUGAAUGAGUACCUAGAUUUGAUGGGCAACAUUGUGGCCUCCAGUCGUAUUGGGGCAAGUCGACCGUUUGCCGCUGUGGCUCCCAUACCACUCGUCAAGGUGGAGAAGGAAGAGCCCUUGGAUGAUUACGACAACGUAGCAUUGCCUGCUAAUGCCGAUCUGGAGCAAAAGCCCAGUCUUGAGCACGGCACUACCAGCGUCAUUCGAAUGGCAAGCACGGCUGCAGCACCUAGUUCAGCAACGGCGACUGAAGUGUCUCCCGAGGAUCUCACACAGCCGCCGCCCAUGAAAGUCGAGGUCGAGCCCACCACUACAUUGUUACCGCAGCGCUUCUCAACUCCCGCUCAGCAUCGUGGGCCUAAGAAAUUAGUCAUCAAACCAAAACAAACAGCACCAGCGAAUGCGACGACAACAAAAAAGACUGACAGCCCAUCUUCCCCCAGCAACAACCCAUCCAUAUCAAGAGAUCUGGUGCAGGUAAAGAGUGAAACCGUGGAGGCGCCAGCGCCGAGCAGUAGCAGCAGCAUUCUGGAGAAGCACCUGACCACCAGCCGCAAACUGUUGCAUCACCACUCGGCGGUGAACGACGACGAUGCCCGGGUGCUGUUGGAGUUUGCGAACUCGAAACAGCCGCCGCCACUGGCCGCAUCCAGCACCACUUUCGUGGUAAAUGCAAGUGCAGGUUUUCCCUCGGCGGGAUCAGUUUUCGCCAGCAGCAGUAACAGCUGUUCCAAAGCACCGGCCAAGCCGGGCGAGGAGUACAUCCUGCCGGACAACAACAUGGACGUGGAUGAGAUUGUGAUAUCCUCGUCGUCUUCCUACACCUCCUCAGCAGCCCAGGUCCAAAACACGUUACAGCCGCCGGACUUUAACUUUCUGUACCACCAGGCCACUACCACGGCCACGACGGCCACAUACUUCAAUCCCUUUUCCAGGCAGCAGCAUCAUCAUCAGCAGCAGCACGGGGUUAGCGAUGCCACCAAUGCGGCCACUUUGGCUUCGUCGUCCAGCAAUUCAAUGGACCACGACUCGAUGAAUGCUACAUUCCGGGUGGCCAAGACCCAAUCGCUGCAGUCAUGGUACCAGCAAGAGCCAGAGCACGAUCCACAGAAUCAGGGUGGUGCGGAAUCAGGAACAGCCACUUCCUCCAAUCAGAGCCAGGAUGUGGUCAGCCACCAGCCCACUAACUUUAACGCUGCUCUAGCGGCCGUCGAUUGCUGUAGCGUUGCUUUGGACGAGGAUGCAAAAUAUCUUGACCUGGACGCCUGCAAGCGGGAGCAGCUGAGCAGCAGUAGCAACCUGCCCUCCGCUUCCGCGUCCACAACGUCGUCGUCGUUUGCUGGUGCUGGCACGGAAAGCAGUUUGGUGGGUGGUCUGAAUAUUCGCACCGAUGAGAAGAUGCCCGCUAAGGGUGAAAUCUCCGAACAAGAAAGCAACUGCGACAUCGAGAACUCCUGGAGUGAGUCGGUUUAUGGGGACAUUUCGCAGCGCUAUUUCAGAAACCAGUUUUCUGGCGACUAUAACCCUGAUUGGCGGCAGGACUAUUAUCCGGCUCAGGAUCUCAGCGCGCAGCAGAGGGAGCAAAAACGUUUUGACUUUAAUGCUGUGGAUGAUGAGGCUUCAUCUAGCUCGAGAAGGAGUCAUCUGGAAGAUAUCCUCCCGACAGCGGCCACCUCCUCUGCAUGUACGUCAACGGCUAUGCUGGCGGGUCCACCAAUAGCUUCGACAUCACGGGCUGCUGCUGAGGCGGCAGCGGAGGCGGCUGCUUUUGCCCAGCGGAAACCGCAGCGUCGCAAGCUCUACAAGUGUCCUCACUGCGAGGCAAUUUUCGAAAAGCUUAAAGAGCGCAAUGCGCACAUGAUUGGCGAGCACAACUACGUGCGGCAAAAUCGGCGUCUUAUUUGCACUCAGCCGCAAAUCAAUACUUCGAUGUUACCCCCACAGCAGCAGAUGAUACUGCAGGGUGGUGAGGUUGAGGAUUCCAAAGAUGGCAUUGUGAAGAUAAAACAGGAGCAGUGCCAGGAAAAGCAGGAUGUUGAACAAAUGCGCGACCAUUCCGAACUUUUGGCUGAUGUCAAGGACUCGGAGCUGAUGGGCAUCGGCGGUGAUGGUGACUGUGAUGUGGAUGAUGACAUUAAGCCACCCAACCAGCUAGAUGAAAAGCCGACGCUGCCGCCAUUAGCCAUGACGACGCCAGCAGCUAAAUUAGCAGCUUUGUAUCGAAUGCUCAUCGCCUACAACGAAUCCAAGCUCGGACAGGAGCGCAACAACCUUAGUGAGCUGGAGCAGAAGGCUAUGGAAAAAUCCAUAUUUCUUUGUUAUGUCUGUCGUACCGAUUUCCCGUCCGUAAAGCUCUAUGACGCCCAUCUCACCGAGCAUCCCGCUGAAUGCUUCACUUGCGGCAAGAAGUUCUACCGCUGGAAGAACUUCUCCUUGCACUUAAAGCGGCACUUGGGCUGGAAGGAGUUUGGAUGCUACGUCUGCGACAAGAAGUUCGUGGUGCGCAGCGCCUUGGUCGAACACAUGCGGAUGCACACGGGGCAAACGCCUCUCAAGUGCAAGAUAUGCGGCAAAAAGUUCAAGAGAUACUCGAAUCUGACGCAACACCGCAAGCGCCACACGAAAAUGAUGGUGCGCAAAAAGGAAUACGUGUGCCACUGCGGUGAAGUCUUGCCCUCGAAGGCCCGCUUCCUGUGGCACAAGGAAACGCACGACCUGAAGCCGAAGUGCUGUCCGUACUGCUGCGAUCGGUUUGUGCACGCCAACUCGCUACGUCGUCACAUACGGCUGGCCCACUCUGAUAAGUUUGACUACGCCGAACCUAUGGAAUGCCCCAUGUGUAAGCAGAUCUUCGCAAAGACGUCCAUCAAGGCGCAUAUGGCGACGCAUUCAACGGAGCCCCAAUACGAUUGCGCAAUUUGUAGCAAGAGCUUCUCCACCAAAUGGAAUCUCAAGAUCCACUCGUGGGUACACGCCAACCGGACGGCGAAGCCCUUUAAGUGCGAAUACUGCCCAAAGGCAUUCGUGCGAGAGCUGGACUUCAAGAACCACAUCAACGCGCACAAGCAGAUCAAGCCGUACACGUGCGAGUACUGCGGCUGCAAGUUUAUCCGCAAGUACAACUACAUGCGACAUCGACGCGAACAUCACGGCACCAAAAAGUUUACCUGCGACCAGUGCGAUAAGUCUUUCCAUCGACAUUACUAUCUGAUAGAGCACCGGCGAAUGCACACCGGAGAGCGUCCGUUCACGUGCACCAUCUGCGGCAAGAGCUCCACAACCAAGACCAAUCACAACAAGCAUCUGAAGAUCCACCAUUCGCGCGAUCCGUUCACGGUGGAGGCCUAAGGGUGUUCGGUUCCAAUGGGCUUCGUAAUCGAACUAAAGUUUAAUAUAAUCAUUACCUAGGUAGCUGUUUAUGACUCUUCUAUGUGUGUACUGUGUGUGUCUGUGGUUAAAACAACAAAACAAAACAACAAAUUAGUAUUACUUAUCGAACUAUAUAUUUAGUUAACAUAUGCGAUUGCCAACUCUUGUUGAAUAAGCAAACAAGAAACAAUUAUCACAAUAAUUACAUUUUACUAAUCUUACAUUUUGGAUGUGGUUUAAGAAGGUAGCUAAAUGUGAAAGUGUUCCAUAUUCUCUUCCUCUGGAUUCGAAUUACAAUUCGCGUCAACCGCUUUAAUCCCGUUUAGGUUUUAGAUUUUAACCCACUUUAGUAAAAUGUUAUACCUAGUUCAGUGCAAUAUACAUCGAUUAAAAUCUAUAUGCCGCGAUACUUUUCAUUUCUGUAGUUUAGUUCGCAUUAAGUUUAUUCAUUUACUUAUCCAUGCCUAGAAAAGCAUACUAGUUAAUUUAAGUUAGCCGAAAUUGGUCUUGAAACUUUCGAGUUUUUCCACAACUUAAGCACAUUCUAAGCGAAGAACACAUACACAGAAAACGAACACCCAUCUAACAACUUGUUAUAUAAUUUGUAUUUUUCUAAUUAAAGAGAAAACUCGGCCAGCAA